UGAGGAUGCUGUUCGGGUUCAGUACCAGCGCGACUCACCUGUUGUUAGCUACGAUGAUUCGUGGUGUGGUUAUUGGAUUCAGUUCGUGAUGACACACUCUCUUGUUUUUACGUCGCUAAAAUAUGAACCAGCUGUGCAAGGUUUGCGGGGAACCAGCGGCAGGCUUCCACUUUGGAGCAUUUACCUGCGAGGGAUGCAAGUCUUUUUUUGGUCGAACCUACAACAACUUAAGCUCCAUAUCCGAAUGCAAGAACAACGGAGAAUGUGUCAUCAACAAGAAAAAUCGGACAACUUGCAAGGCCUGCCGCUUGAGGAAGUGUCUACUUGUGGGAAUGUCAAAAAGUGGCUCAAGAUACGGAAGGCGCUCAAACUGGUUCAAAAUACACUGUCUUCUUCAAGAGCAGCAGUCCGGCCAGAGCAUGAACAUGGCAGCGGCCCUUUUGAGACCUCACCCUUAUCUAACUCGCUUUAUACGUCCUCCACUUGCAACGAUCACCAGGGAAAACAGAAGUUCAGAAUCAGAUAGCGGAGCGUCCUCCAUCGACGUUGAAGACGAUAAGUCCUUAUUCCACGAGAACACCGCGAAACCCUGCUCGUUAGCGCCAAGCGACCGCGAGUGUGCCUCUGACCAGUCGUCGUCGAAAAAACAGACAUCGUUGACUAGUGAUAGCGACUACUUCUCCAGGAGAAAGCUGAUGCACUGCCAUAUACCAUCAACAUCUCCUACUUCCUUACCUUCCAACGGGUUGAUGCCCAAAUGGCUUCCACCUCUUUCCGUCUUCAGUCAUCCGUCCAUUUGGAAAGACUACUGGGUUGAAAUGCCUUAUGCACCUUUUGCGCCCACGCCACCUAUGUGCCAAGAUCAACCGAUAGAUUUAUCCGUUAAGACAAGUCCACUAGUGUGUUUUGUCAAUUCGGAUAGUGAACGUAGGACGCCUGAAGGACACGGCAAAUCGGCACCGUUGGAUCUUACCUUAAAUCGAAAAACGACAGAUGUUACUAAUUGUUGAGUUUACAAUGUUCCUUGUAUAUUAUUAACAGCAAUCUUUGUUCUCAAUGUCUGCUUCAAUUUUUUUGAAAAGACUCACAAGUAAUAGCUGAACAGCAGUGCUAUAAAGUCGACCACUGAAAUUUGUGAUAGAUUAUUUUGUUCUGAGGAAGUGUUUUGAUGAAAAUUCAAAGCAUAAGUCAUUUCAUUGGCUGGUAAUAUUUUGGAGAGCUAUCAGAGGGAUAUGGAAAUUAGAUAGGUUAUUUUAUGAUAAAGUUGGCUUGAAAUUUCAUUCCACCUUUAGAAUAUUGCCUGUCGUUCUGUCAGAUUAAUUAUGAAAAAUACUUUAAUUUUACAUUGAAUUAUUGAUAUUACUACUUCGGUUACCGUUUUCAUGAGACAUUUUUCAUUCGAUUUCGAUUACACACUGGAAUAAAAAGUGAGUAAUUUGAUUCUAUAGCUGUUUACCCGAAAGCUACAAGUAUCGAAUCUUCAUUUCUUGACGUACGUAUAGAUUCAAAGUUUCUGACAGUUGCAACGGUACCUCAUGGAUUUAUCUUUUCAAUUCUGAAAAUUUCCGUUGGAUCCAUGGCAUUUUCCAUUAAAAAUCAGAAUAUAUAAUAGAAAACACCAGGUACAGUCUUAUAUUUCGACAGUUAUAAUCAUCUACAAAAAAAAUUGAAAUUCCGAUUGGAAUUUAAAUCUAACAAAAUUCAAAAUUUCAGACAGUCUUUAAAUAUGCCAAAAGUGACACCACAUGACUUUCGAAUGGAAAUUUUCUAAUGAAUGCUACUGAGUAUAUAAUUUAUUGAUUGAAUUCUCAUCGAAAAUAAUAGUUGCUAUUUUCACCGACAGAGGCAGGUAUAUAUUUGAAAAAAAUUAAUGAUAUUUAUUAUAAAUAUAAAAAAAAAACCACUCGACUUUCAUCCUGUUCUCAAAACUGAGAACUAAGUUUUGAGAAUGGGAUGAACCCUAAACAUGCAUGUCAACGAUAUUUCACAUAUUUAUUAAAAAUUGUGAAACGCAUAGUCAAGUUUUUCAUUUCAUAUUCUUUUAUUUAGGUACAUCAAAGAUAUGUUUCACCAAGCGAUAUGCGAGGAAUCAAUUUCGAUAAUGAUAUUUAUUUUAUGUAAUAUGAAUGGAAACUUCAUUCCAGUGAAAAAUAAUGAAGAUUCAGUUGUAUAGGUAAAUAGUGACGAGUUAGGCGAUGAAUUGAGAAUAUUAAGUUUUACAUCUCUUGUGAUAUUCUAGAUGAGAAGCAGAAGUUUUCCAACUUCUGUUCAAAGAUGAUGUAAAUAGUAAAUAAAACUCUGAUAGUUCAAAAUUACAAAAAUUUAGCUAUGACGAUUAAUAUAUUAUCAGUACCUGAUAACAAAGAUUACUCUUAUUUCUCAUAUUUUCAUAUUUUUUUUCAUUUUAUAUAUGGAUUUAUAUUUAUAUACGAUGGUCAGUUAAAGGUGAGAAAUACAGUAAAAAUGUUUAUAUAAUAUGUAAAUUCAGGAUUAUUUUUAUAUGAAAUUACUCGGCCAGUAAAAAACGUGCCUUAUGUUAAUGAUUUUUAUAUUUUGCUAUAAUAAAAUGUUUUGUUGAAUCGA